CGGAGGAGAGCUGAAACAGUGGCUGUGCCGUACUGAGCUGUGACGCUUUGCGUUGUGCUGCUUAGCUCUGCUCCAGAGAAUCAUUAUCACAGAGACAGCCUGCAGUCAGCAAUCUACACCAGGCUCUGCACAGCACCAGGAAAGAGGCAGACCAGGACUGUACUUCACUGGGCUGUCGUACCGGACUCUACCGGACUCUACCGGACUCUACCGGACUGUCUUGCACAGCUAGACUUCUACUUCAUAACACAAACUGGACUGGACUACUGCACUGGACGAGGUCUGCAGUAAACCGGGCUAGGCUGUGCCAGGCAAGAGGGUACAGGUCAGCCAGGGCUGCGUGGCGCCAGGCUGGCUAACAACCUUUGGGAGCUGGGAAGACGGAACCCCCUCUCAGGCGCCAAUCCCUGUGUCACACCUCCACAGCAGCGCCUUUCAGUACUCCCCAGCAGAGAAACUGAGCACAAUGAAUGCACUGUACGUCUGUCAGCCGAGAGAAAGACAGGCACAGGAAGACCCAAAAUAGUUGUUUCGUUUUUUUGGGGGGGGAUUUCUGCGUCCUUUUUCCCUGUAGAAGAACGGUGAGAUAAGAGCCAGCUGUGGGAGGGUGUUUUCCAUGCCGCUGCAGGGGGAGCUGGGGAUUCAGUGCGUUGUUUAGCCGCAGAAGUGCUUUUCUGUGGGCGACCGCUAGCUGUUCCAGACUGACUCUUGACUGGCAGUUGGUCACGGUCGUUCGGCUGUUUCUGGUGGCGGUCUACCCGAGGCAGCCAUGGCCCAGCAGGCCAGCGUGGGGGUUGACACACUGGCAGUGCCUCCCAUGGUCAAACAUAUCGGUCUGAACGAGGACUUGGUGAAAAUCCUGCGUGAGAACCUGCUGCAGCCGGAGAGGACCCGGGGGCACCGCCGGUCGCCCUCGUCCAUCUCUCCCCGCCUCUCCCCCCGGAACUCCCCUCGCCUCCUACGCCGCAUGCUGAUCAACAACAACAACCACAAGCAGAGGAGGUUCACAGUGGCGCACACAUGUUUCGAUGUGGACAACGGCACAUCGUCUGGGCGAAGCCCUUUGGACCCCAUGGCCAGUCCGGGGUCUGGGCUCAUACUCCAGGGCAACUUUGUCCACAGUCAGCGGAGGGAGUCCUUCCUCUACCGUUCCGACUCGGACUACGACCUGUCGCCCAAGUCCAUGUCCAGGAACUCCUCCAUCGCCAGCGACAUUCACGGCGAUGACAUGAUUGUAACACCAUUUGCACAGGUUCUGGCCAGUCUAAGAACUGUACGGAAUAAUUUUGCUGCGUUAACCAAUUGUUCACAAGACCGAACAUCCAACAAGAGAUCGCCGAUGUGUAAUCCACCUCCCAUCACCAAGACCUCCUUCACGGAGGAGGCCUUCCAGAAACUGGCCACUGAGACGCUGGAGGAACUGGACUGGUGCCUGGACCAGCUGGAGACUCUUCAGACCAGACACUCAGUCGGUGAGAUGGCCUCCAACAAGUUCAAGAGAAUGUUGAACAGGGAGCUCAGCCACCUGUCCGAGAUGAGUCGCUCUGGGAAUCAGGUGUCGGAGUUCAUCUCCAGCACCUUCCUAGACAAGCAGCAUGAGGUGGAGAUGCCUACUCCCCAGACGCAGAAGGAGAAGGAAGACAAGAAGAACAGGCCUAUGUCACAGAUCAGUGGGGUGAAGAAACUGCAGCACAGCUCUAGCCUCACCAACUCCAACAUAUCUCGCUUCGGUGUCAAGACAGAGACAGAGGAUGAACUAGCUAAGGCACUGGAAGAUGUAAAUAAAUGGGGCCUUAACGUUUUCAAAGUUACUGAGUUCUCUGGGAACCGGCCACUAACGGUCAUGAUGCACACUAUAUUCCAGGAGAGAGACUUGUUAAAAACUUUUAAAAUUCCACUCGACACCUUUAUAACCUACCUGAUGACCUUAGAAGACCAUUACCAUGGUGACGUGGCCUAUCACAACAACAUUCAUGCUGCUGAUGUCACUCAGUCCACUCAUGUGCUUCUAUCCACCCCUGCUCUGGAGGCUGUGUUCACAGACCUGGAGAUCCUAGCGGCCAUUUUCGCCAGUGCUAUUCACGAUGUAGACCACCCUGGUGUCUCCAACCAGUUCCUCAUCAACACCAACUCAGAGCUGGCUCUCAUGUACAAUGACUCAUCCGUUCUGGAGAACCACCACCUGGCUGUGGGCUUCAAGCUGCUUCAGGAAGAGAACUGUGACAUCUUUCAAAACCUGACCAAAAAACAACGACAAUCACUGCGCAAGAUGGUUAUUGACAUUGUCUUGGCGACGGACAUGUCCAAACACAUGAACCUCCUGGCUGACCUGAAGACCAUGGUGGAGACCAAGAAGGUGACCAGCUCUGGAGUUCUACUCCUGGACAACUACUCUGACAGGAUACAGGUUCUGCAGAACAUGGUGCACUGUGCGGAUCUGAGUAAUCCCACUAAGCCCCUGCAGCUUUACCGCCAGUGGACCGACCGCAUCAUGGAAGAGUUCUUCACCCAGGGGGACCGGGAGAGGGAGAGAGGCAUGGAGAUCAGCCCCAUGUGUGACAAACACAACGCCUCGGUUGAGAAGAGCCAGGUUGGCUUCAUUGACUAUAUCGUCCACCCUCUAUGGGAGACCUGGGCAGACCUGGUACAUCCUGACGCCCAGGACAUCCUGGACACUCUGGAAGACAAUAGGGAGUGGUACCAGAGCACCAUCCCCCAGAGCCCCUCACCUACUCUGGACGAGCCUGAGGACGGCAGCCGUCCUCCUGGUGGGGACAAGUUUCAAUUUGAACUCACCCUGGAGGAAGACGGGGAGUCAGACACGGAGAAAGACAGUGGCAGCCAACCUGAGGAAGAGGAUGAUGAGGAAGAAGAAAACAGUGGCAGUGAUUCAAAAACACUGUGCACGCAGGACUCAGAGUCCACGGAGGUACCACUUGAUGAACAGGUAGGGGAGGCGGAGGAAGGGGAGGGAGAAUCCUCUUCAUUACAAUCUUCUGUUGUGGAAGAGGAAGAGGAGGGGGAGGAGGAAAAGGGUGAAGAGAGAACAGCUGAUACAUAGCAGUAUGUGGAAGGCAACUGAACUGAUAUUCUUAGUAAACAGAGAAGAUUAUUUAUAGUUUUUUUUUUGUGGAGAGUCUGUCUGUUACUUUUUUCUAUGUCUAUGUUAAUGGUUCCAAAGCGCACACUGCUCUUCACCCUUUGGCCACUCCUCCCUACUCAUCCUAUUGGUCAGCUUUUCAGACACGCCCACAGGUACUUCUACAUGUUUUUUGGACUCAGGAAAACUAUUUUCCAUUCUCGUUUUUACUGAAGUGUUACUUGCGUCAUUUCACUUUAAAACCCAGUCCUAGCGUGAUGAAGGAUUUGGAUCAGCUGUUUAGAGUGUGUUUAAUGCUGUUCAUGUAGUGUAUCCCAUGUCCGUUCAGACUUGCCUGACCAAUGGCAGUGUUUCUCUGUUUUAUUAAGUGCCCAUUCUGCAGAAGUGGCUAUAGUGUCUGUUUUUCUCAGUUGUUUGUAUUUCUUAGCAAAGCAAGUGAAGCAAAGUGCUAACAGUAGUUGCUGUGUUGUCUGGAUGAAUGACAACCCAACGGGACGCUUCACCACAGAGAGAGGCGCCGCUGCGCACUGAGAAAAUACCAAUGGUGGGAGUUCAUCGAGACACUUUUCUGAAGUUUAAGUCUUCCUAGAAAACCUAUGUAACGUUCCGUACCGUAGGUACAUGAAGACCUUUUGUAGGUUUUACUUUUGCUAUCGUAGGUUUUACUUUUGUUAACUGAGAGAAAAAUAAGUGACUUGCAAACAUUUGAAAGGCACUUUAAAACUGUUAAUGACAAAUGCCUCAUCUGCCACCGCUUAACAGGUAUUGUAAUGGGGGAGUAUUAGGGGAGUGUUCACCCAGAUCCAAAUCAUGCCCUAGCCCCUACCUCUACACACCACAUCUGAGAGGAUUGGAUGGAUUGUAGCAAGGGCCUAAAGUAGGGCCUUGCUUGGCUUGGGGCCACAUUGGGAUUUCGCAGAGAUUUUGCGGAAUAAGUUUAUCAAAAUGCUUUUGUGGGCCAGAAAAAGAGCAGUUAUUUGAACCUGUAAAGCUCAUAGAAUUCAAAGAAUUGAAUGGGCCGUUGUUUGCCCACCCGUGGCACUGGGGUCAGACUUGAUUUAGGAUUGCACAUUCUUCAAAAAGCAUUUAUACUGUUAUUUCCAUACCACACAGUCCCCAUGUAUGGUUCUAACAAAAAUGGCAAUGAUUUUUUUUCAUGAAGAAAGACGCCUUUAUGUUCUACUUAUUGUUGCCUGCAGUAGAUGUGAGCGCAUGUCAUCUGCUUAUAUUGGAUGUAAGAAGAAUCUUUUGGUUAAAUAUUUUUUUUAUUUUGUGGGUUCUGGACCUUUUUCGGCUAAUUACCAGGUAACUCUACCUGUCCCAAUUUCCUCAUUCUGGUGUGGGGAUAUAGUAAAUUCCAUUGCAUAUUCUGAAAGCAAUUUAUUUAGCAAUGGUGUUAAAAGUAAAUACAGAGAUUAACGUUUAAAAUCUGUCAAAUAAUGUAUCCGUAAAAACUUGAUCCACCAUUUAUGAAUGCUAUUGUCCUAAUUGGAAAAUAAUCAAAUCAAAAGGAUAUUUUAUUAAGCAUUUCCUUAACAGGAAUUUCAAUUUGUAUCCAGAAUUUCAUUGAAAUGGAAUUGACUGUAGCCUUUACUGCAGAUUGUCUUUGUGCUCUACCUGGUUGUUGAUUUCACACAUUACGAAAACGCCUGUUAUUGUCAUCACUCUAACCUUUGAUUUGUUUGGUUUUGACCAAGAACACAAGACAAUCAGUUCCAUGGUGUAUUCGUCUCAAGACUAGUCAGCUAUAUAGCUAAUGCACUGAUUUUCUCAUCUCACUACUAUUUUUAUUCAAUUCGCCAACCUCACAUGCACAUUUAGGCUUGAACAAGUCUCUGUAGACUUAAGCCAAGAGAUUCCUUAUCCACAUUUCCAGUGUUGUUGUUUUUACAACUGAUGCCAUUAUUUAUUGCUUUAUUUUACUUUGUUGUUUCUGUCUUGGUAUAUUAGAGCGGUACAGUAAAACCUUCACUGUAGCAUAGACCACAGUACAGGCAAACCAGUUACUAUACCCAAAUAUGUAGUUUUUUUCCCUCUUACUAUGUAUAUACAGUAUAGAAAAUCAAGAAAUGUAAAAAAAAAAAAAAAGAAUAACAAUGAAGCAAUGAAGAUGGCUUUUUAACAAGCGCUCACUUUUGGAAGAAAGGUUUUAUUUAAAUGUUUCUUUGUGCCAAGUUAUUUUUUCCAUCCUCACCCAAUGACCUUACCAUAAUACAGUUUAUCUGGUUGUGUCUGUUUACAAACAUAUAUUUAUUGUGCUGUAUAUACUACCAUAGUUCUCAUCAUGACGCUGUUUGUUGUAAAUGAUCGACUUUUAUCAUCCCUUAUGGUGAUGGUGUGUUUGUAUGAUGUACCUCUUGUUGAGAGAAUGGUUAUUACACAUGCUUAUUCAGUGUAAAAUAACACAUUGAUAUUAGUUUUCUGAGAAGCUCGCUCACGAGCGAUGAGGUAGAAGGGAAAGCCAAAUCGUUUUUUAGGGGAUGCUGUUCCUUGGCCCAUAGGCUGUGCCUUAAAAUCAUCAUGCCAUUCGUUGGAUCUCUUUUCCUUUUCUGUUUCUUCUCCUCGUUUGCUGCAUUAGAGAAUAUUGUGGGUUGAGGAGACCUGAACCAGACAGUGGCCUCCAGCUUCAAAAGAUAUUUAUUAAAUAAUGUUGCUCUUUUUUUUUUUUUUUUUUUACUUCACAGCCAAAUCUGAAUUAUUAUGUGAACAUAGGUAAGGCAAGGCUGCACGUGCUAUACGUUAUGUUACCAGGUUGAAGACGGAGGUCACAGCUGUGAAGUUUCAGGUGGACUCAGACCUACGGUCGGAUGAGUGUUGGCUUGGCCAAGCUGGACCUGUGGGGGUAACAUUCAGUUGUAUGGUUAUGAAGUACCCAGACAUUGAGACCCAUCCAUGUGUUCAGUCACUGCUGCAUUUAUUUAGGCUGAAACACUUGAGAUGUGCUGCUCAUUUAAGCUUGGCAAGCACAUUCACUCAUACCACAUGCAAUAUUGGGUGGAGGGAGGGGGUGGGGUUAGGGGCGGGGAUCAUCCUGAAAACAUGUCUUGCAAUGGGGACUCUUAUUUUGACACACAUACUGUAGAUUCUAAACAGCCCUGGACCAAUGGAAUCAGUGGGUUCUUUUCUCAUUUUGUGUUCUAUUUUUAUGGUAUGAAAGAAAUACACAAACUGUAACUUCAAAAAGGUCUGAAGGACCAUUAUUUUUGGGUUAUGUCUUUAGAAUGCCAACUUGUCUGGAAGUUUCACAAGACAAUAUAAAGUUAUUUUAAUGGAUUCCUUGUAAAUUGCAGUCUAUUGGAUAGAACUGUAGAUCAUAAACUUUCUGUACAAAAUGACGAAAAUUAAGAAAAAAUGUUUUUAUAUGCAACAGAUGAAAUAAAGCAUGUGUUGAUUCUGCCUA